UUGAUUGAUAUCCACUUACGCUCCCCACUGACAUCUACAGAGAAAAUAUCAACAGUGAAUGUACAAUGCGUGGCGGGGAUUUAAAUCUGACGAAGACCAACAUUCUCUGAAGAUCUGAAAAGGCAUUCGGCCGCUUCUAUCUGGGAUCAACCAACAUCGUCUAAAAAAAGGGAUAAAAUAAUAAAUCCAUAUUUGGAAGGUUUUUGACUGACGGUGACGCGCAACACAGACCAAUAGAAGGUGCACGAACGAACUUAUUCACGAACGACCGUAGACAGGACGGCUCGAACACCCGCUGCAUCCAGUUUUACCUACGCCCCAAACCGAGCGGUUCAUGCGAAGGAAGAGACUCCAGAACAGGCCGAUUACGAAGAUAGCAAGGCGAGGGAAGUAGGCUACGGCAAACCUCCAUCUCGCCCAGAUACCUCCAUUACGUCCACCUACCACCGCCCCCUUCAGCCAUGGACCCCCCGAGGACUCGGUCGCGGUCACGGUCAAGUUUUUUUCACUAUGGCAUGAACGGUGGUGGCAACGGCAAUAACGCAAUCAACAACGGGAACAUGAAUGCCAGCGGAGGGAUCGGGGUGAACAACACCGGCUGGGCUCCGCACACAGCGCGCAGCUACACAGAGAACCAGCACACCCAGGGGAACUACCUGUCUAGCGGGGCGCCACGCCACGCUUCGCAUGGAGCACACAGACACCCCGGCACUGGUGUCCUUCACUUCCACCCUGAUAACGUCUGCAGUGAUGAGCGGGACAAGAUGGAGGACAGUCCUAGCCCUAAGCGACAGCGUCUUUCCCAGCAGUCUAUGUUAGAUCUAAGCUCUGCCCCUCCCCCCACCCCAUCUUCUCCCAUUCGUCCCUGGGAGCUACCCCACACCCCCACUACCUGGGCCCCACCCCCACCCAGUCGCAGACCACACCCACACUACCUGCCAGAGCGAUGCCACACUCCUGUCCGCAACCGCCGCAGUCCUCCAAUGAGACGCCAGCGAGGCCGCCGUGACCGUCUCCCCCACCACCCCCCUCACCCUCAUCACCAACACUACCACCACCAUUACCACAACCCGCACCAUCACCCCCACCACAGCCUCUCAGCAGGGCUUCAGGAUGAGAACUAUCGCCACCCCGUCCCCCCUCAGAGUUACCCCUAUAACCAGCCUGAGGAGCGCCCCCUCCACCACCCUGCUAACCUGUCCCCCAGGCUGAUGCACCCUCCCCCUCAGCAGCAGAGCAGUGUGGUGCUGGACCUCCAUGACCAGGUGUCGUACCCAGUCUCUCCCCCUGGUGGCCCCCCCGGCCUGCCCUCCCACUCGGCCCCCCAGCAGCUCCCAGCAUGCUCGGUGGUCUUUAGUGGGCAGCACUACCCUGUCUGCAGUGUCCCUCCAUCUGUUCUGCAGACGUGCUCUGUGCAACAUCUGCCCAUGCCCUACCCGUUCCCCUCUCUGCUGUCCAGUGACCCCACCUUUCUCCUGCCCCCUCCACACCUGUCCCACCAUCCCCCUCACAUCCCCCAGCCCGGACAGUUUGGAUCCUACCCCACACAGCAGGCCAGAUCGCCGUUACAGAGGAUAGAGAAUGACGUGGAGCUGUUGGGGGAGCACCUGUCGUUAGGGGCGGGUCUACACUUCCCCCCUGCGGCCCACCCCGGCCUGCCCCCCCACUCCACUCAGCUCCAUUUCCUCUCCCAUGAGCCUCUGCCACAGGAGUUCUUUGGAGUGUCGUAUCCUAACUUCAUGCCACGGCGUAUCCCAGGACGACGCUACCGCUCGCAGCAGCCACUGCCACCCUCGCCUUACCACCCCAGUUUCUUGCCUUACUUCCUCUCUAUGCUGCCAGUCCAGCCUACAGGCCCUGCCAUCAGCUUGGAGCUAGACGUAGAUGACGGCGAGGUGGAGAACUACGAGGCUCUUCUCAACCUGGCCGAGCGUCUGGGAGAGGCCAAACUCCGAGGACUGACUAAGGGAGAUAUCGAGCAGCUGCCUUCCUAUAGGUUCAACCCCAACAACCACCAAUCAGAACAGACGCUGUGUGUGGUGUGUAUGAGUGACUUUGAGUCUCGUCAGCUGCUGCGCGUUCUACCCUGCAGUCAUGAGUUCCACGGGAAGUGUGUCGACAAGUGGCUCAGGGCUAACAGGACGUGUCCCAUCUGUAGGGCUGAUGCCUCAGAGGUCCAGCGAGACUCAGAGUGACCACCAGGGGGAGACAACCACUCUCACUGUCAAACAGUUUUAGCACUGCCCCCCCAUCCCUCCCCUGCAUCUCUUUUCCUCCUCCUGUAACUCUGCUCUCAUCUCUCAUUUUACUGCCCCUCACUCCACCUUCAAUCCCUUUUUGAAGUGUUUCUGCCUCCUGUAACUCUGCCCUCCAUCUCUCCUUUAGCCCUCUUGCCCUUCUGUCCUCUUCAUCCUCACACUCCAUUCCCUCUGGAUCUCCCUCAGCUGAACCCACUGGUGGGUGUGUGCGCACAAGCUAAUGUCCAUCCGUAUGAUUCCUGUCCUUGGUAUGUGCCAGCGUUGGGUUUGUGUGUAUGAGAGACUGUAUUUUUAGUUAGUCUCUGAUCAUGUAUUUGUGUGUUUAGACUUGGGUAUCCACAUGUAGUUGACACUUAAGGGCCCAUGCCACUCCGCUGCCUCUCUGUAGCCUGAACUAGUUGCUUUUUGUUUACUUUCUCUGCCUGGCAGUUUACCUCAUCAUUCCUGUUGGUCAUUGUUACCACGACGACACGCUUUGCUGUAUUCCUCUGAAGUUUCUCAUUAUUUUCUUUAUUUUUGUUCCUUAAAAGAUUAGUUUGUCUGACUUUGCAGUGGCACAUGUGUUAUAUACUGUAUAAAUAUAUGAAUAUCUGUAUACCAAAUAAAAGGCUUGAUAUGAACUUUUUUUUUUUUAAACAACACAUUUUUGGACUGUUUUUUAACAAUGAAUUAUGAGAUGUGAUGCAGUUGGGUUUGAUUGUGCUGGAUUGAUUAGUCUGUUCUGUAUGUUAGACUUUACGUGGUGGUUAAUUAAUAAAAGACAUGAUACACACUAA